CUGCUGUGCUGGGGCUGGAGCUGAUGGCAGAGAAUGUCCACCACUAACAACAUAGCCCAGGCUCGCAAGCUGGUGGAGCAGCUGCGCAUCGAGGCCGGCAUCGAGAGGAUCAAGGUCUCCAAAGCCUCCUCAGAGCUGAUGAAUUACUGUGAGCAGCAUGCCCGGAGUGAUCCUCUCCUGGUGGGAGUUCCUGCUUCUGAAAAUCCCUUUAAGGACAAAAAACCCUGCAUCAUCCUAUAGCUCUGGAAACUUCCAGAAGGAAAUCCCCACCCAGCCUCUGGAUCCAGGCUCCUCCACAGCUCCACCUGCACCCAGGGGUAAAAAACUCAGCGCUGGCUUCAAACAGAACUUAAAAAAUUCUUGAGAAAAGCAAAACAAAACAAAAAAA